GCGAACAACGUCAUCGACACCGACGCCGACCAAUCAAUGAUCCCGUCUGAGCGCCGAGCGAGCGCGCGCCGGGGCCCAAUCACAGGCUUUGUGUUGCUCGCCGGUGCCGGGAUCAGUCGCCAGAGGUAACGGCAGCGUCUCAGCAUCCCAAAAGCAGACCGGAGCGAGAGGGAACCUGUGGGGUGAAGGCGACCAAGAAUGGACCGUUUGAGUGAGGAGGCAUUGCGGCUGAACCUGCUAAAGCGAGGCCUGGAGCCAGCAGAGGAGCGUAGCAGAACUCACGAUGACGUCCUGCCCAAGAGGCUGAAAAUGGAAGGUCAUGAGGCCAUGGAGAGACUGAAAAUGCUCGCACUGCUCAAACGCAAGGACCUGAGUGGCCUGGAGAGCGGCUCUGGAACACUGGGGGAUCUGCGAGCCUCUGGAGGCAGCAGCCACUCUGCGUUACAGAGCUACACAACUUAUGAGGAAAAGCUGAAUGGCAGCCUCAGGACGCCAACCGUGUCUCACUCUCUUAUGGGUCGCAGCGGGAAAGAGAACAUCAGUGAUGAGCCGGUGGACAUGAGUGCUAAGAGGAGUGUAGUGGACCGAGAACGUCACACUCCCUCUCCAGAUGUGAUCGUUUUAUCUGACAACGAGGCAUCUAGCCCCAAAGGUGCUGCAGGCAGAGAGGACAAAGUGAAACCCGUAAACCUAGACAUGUUUAAGGGGAAGAGUGUCGCUGAGCGACAGCGAGUCAUUAAGGCUUUAAGAGAGGAGCUGAGACUUGAGGAGGCUCGUCUGGUUCUUCUCAAGAAACUCAGGCAGUCUCAACUACAGAAGGAGAACCUCGCCCACAAGGUGUCAGUGGUGCAGAGCAGUUCUUCAUCCAUUCAUCCCUCAGCUCACAGCUCUCAGUCUAGCAACAAACUACCCAUCAGAUCUGGCCACACACACCACAGUGGAGAUGCCCAGAACCUUCGUGCUGCACAGGGUCAGAGUGUGAUCCGGUCUGCAGCCAGUGCCUCCAUACCCCAGAUGAUGAUGUCACAGCGAGUGGUUGCUCCAAGCCCGGGGCAGCUGCAGGGCCACAGAGUGCUAAGCAAAUCUAGCAGCAUGCGCACAUCCACAGCCAGCAUCAACAGCACUGUUAACUAUCAGCAGGCCUCUAGUCAGCAGGUGCCUGUCCCCCAGCGUUCCAGCUCUUCCUCCAUCUACAUGAACCUGGCACACAUGCAGGCAGUGGGUGUGGCCGGGCUGACCGGGGGAGUGGGGGUGGCUGGUGUGACAGGUGGAGUGGGUGUUUCUGGGGUGGGCUCUUCCUCAUCUAGCUCUGUGCAAGAUGUGGCCAGCAGUCAGGCUGCAGCCAAACUGGCUCUACGCAAACAGCUGGAGAAAACCUUACUGGAGAUCCCUCUGCCUAAACCACCUGCGCCUUUGCUCUACUUCCUGCCCUCAGCUGCCAACUCUGAGUUCAUCUACCUGCUGGGCCUGGAGGAGGUGGUACAGAGUGUUCUUGACAGCCAGGGUAAGCUGUGUGGGACAUCUGGUCGUCUGGAGCCCUUUGCUUGUGCUCAGUGUAAAACAGAUUUUACCCCUCAUUGGAAGCAGGAGAAGGGCGGACGCAUCCUUUGCGAGACAUGCAUGACGUCCAAUCAGAAGAAGGCUUUGAAAGCUGAACAUACUAAUAGGCUGAAGAAUGCCUUUGUGAAAGCUCUGCAGCAAGAGCAGGAGAUUGAACAGAGAUUACAGCAACAAGCUGCCCUGUCCACUAGUUCUACAGUGUCUGCAGCUAGUGUGAGCAAAGCCGAGUCCAUGAUGAGGCACCACACCAUCAGACAGGCAUCUUCAGCACAAGUUGCUCAGUCCCAGGUGUCUGUGCAGCGCAGUUUAUCAGCUGCGGGUUCUGGGUCAGCACGAGGUGUCCUAUCCAACUUUGCACAGGCAUCCCAGCUUGCUCUACCUGGCACUAUAAUGGGCAUGACCAGCAAACACUGCUCUACGUCAAGCAGCCGGUCACAGCAUGACGGCCGACAUCAGUUGUACGGCAUUCCUGGAGUCAACAUUGCUUACCUGAGCUCUGGUAAUGUUGGGGGUCAUAAGUCAUCUAGUUUAGCAGACAGACAGCGAGAGUACCUGCUGGACAUGAUUCCUCCUCGCUCCAUAUCCCAGUCUCUUACUGGACAGAAAUAGGCCUUCUCACACGUAACCCCAACACAUGCACAAACAUCUAAUCAUGUCAAGCUCGCUCUCAUAUUUUCUCUCUCUCUCUCUCUCUCUCUCUCUCUCUCUCUCUCUCUCUCAGAUGGUAACACAUACACACACACAAACAUUCAAAUAUCUUGCCACGUCUCCCAGUCCCCUGUUGCAUGCAGUGCCUGUCAGUCUGCUUACCAGCUACUCUUUCUGUGUAACACAAUCAGUGACUGUAUGUGGUGAACUUCACCAGUAAACUGCAGUAACUCUCUGCAAGUAUGCAAUCCCUUCUCAACACUGCUUAACCCCUACAGUCUUCAUCCCUCAAAACUAUGUGUGUGUGUGUGUGUGUGUGUGGACAUGUUUUGUACAUUAAUGCACUUUCUGGUGAGAAUAUAUUUUUAAUUUUGCUGUUAAUAUUUUUGAAUGUGUGCGGGUGUGGUGUCACUAUACAGAGUGAGACAGAAGCUCUUAGUUGACUGAGAGAAAUGAAUUAAAUGGACAUUGUGGGUUUUUCCACCUAUGAAAGCAACUAUCAGUGUUUUUAAGAAGAUGGGAUUUAAAUGAAGAAGUCUUAUUAUAUCACUAUGUGGAGAGCUUUGCUUUUGGCUACUUUUAGCUAACUGGAAUACUUACACCCUGUUACUCACUAUUUCUUGUGAGGUCACAUUUACUAACUCCUUUUCCGUGCACAAACAUGUACGUGCUUUGCUUUAGAUCUUGUGCUCAUGAAUCAUUUAUUUUAUGGUGCUCUCCCUGAAUUAGUCAUUUUUCUCAUCAAAUGAGGAAUUACUUUUGUUAGUCCACCUUUGACUUUAAACAUGUAAAGUUAAGAAAAAUUAUAAUUACUUAUAGUGAUAAGUAUUGAAUUUUAAAGGUGCUGUUUGUCAGAUUUUCCUCUCUUCACAAUGUGCUUUACUGAACUGAGGAAUUUCUCAUGCACUGCCCCUUUAAGUGCACAGUGCAAUAUUGGGCAAGAAGGUGAUUUUUUUUUUUUGUGACUGAAUAUGAACAAUUUAUGGCCCUGCACCAUGAUAGAUAAUACCUUUUCCACAUUUCUCUAUUAAACAUGUAUCUUUGUUUAUUCAUCUUUUGUAAAAUAUGUACAGAAUAGUAUGUUCCCUUUUUUAUUUCAUUAUACCAUGUGCCCCAAGGUAUGUUUGUUGUUUAACAAAAGAAUUCUUCAUAUCUGUAAAGCUGAUUUUUAAAAAUAUUUCUUAUGAAAUACCUGUAAAAAUUCUUUUAGAAAUUUAAGCCAUUUUUCCCCUUUUCAUGCCCCUUUUAUCUUACUUUACUUGAAAACUGGUCAAGGUUUUAUGAACAUUAAGCUUAUAACAAGUAUUACAAAUACUUAUUUGCAUGAGCAGAUGUAUUCUUAAUAAUGUAUUAUAAAUAUGCCUUUAGCUUUUGGGGCUCAAAACAGGAAACAAUGCAUUUGUACAUUACAUAGGAAAAAAACAAAAGUCAUUGAUAUUGUGAGUGUCAUUUUGUCAUGUGUUCCCUUUGUAGUGCUGCACAAAAUGUAUGAAAUUACAAUUUUCUUUUGAUUCAUUCUUAAAUAUGUUUUUGUCCCCUCUUAAUCAGUUGUGCUGUGUGCUUCAUCUGCCUAAGAGCUUCUAUUAGAAGACUUAUCUGGCCACAGUAUUUCACUUAAUUGUCUGUAAAAGUUUGACACGAACACACAUCCCUUUGUACAUUAGUGUUAGAUUUGGGACAACUCAGACAACUCAGUGAAAUGUUGUUGCCUCUGGCAAUCAGAGAUGUGCUCAAUUUUUAAUGUCGGUCCUCUGGAGAUGGCCAUUUAUGAUCCCAGGGCUGGAAAAAUGCUCUUGCUUUUCACUUUCUUUGCUGUUAUUUGUUGUUAUAAGCGCAACAUGCUGUAUUUGCUGUAUUUGAAACUAAACAGAAGGAAGAAAAAAUGUUUUCUUGCAGGCCAAAUGUUGCUCUAUAUAAUUUCAGUAAAUAAGCUUACAAUAAAAAAAAUAAUUAAGAAA